AAGGGGCUUCCUUAGUGGAUAUCUUUUACUGCGUCCCCCAUGUCCCGGGAAUCCGGGAUCAAAUUCCACCCAAAAAUGUCUGGGACUCUUUCUGCUUUGCAGCCCUUGCCACACUCCAUUGACAGAGUCAACACUGAUCAGAGAUCAUAAUGCAACUUCACUCAAGUUAACUUGAUCUUGGAAGGACAAACUAAAUCCAAGUUACUUUUGGAGGGCCAGGAUCAGACCAGGUGGCAGAAGGGUAAGAACAUGGCGACGGUGUGAAACGUCUGGUCCAUUGAUCCAUGGACUACGUGCUGGACGCUGCAGACCGUAACCUUCUCACUCCCUAUGUGUACCCUGCGUCGUGGCCCGAGGGCGGGGCCCUGCGGCAGGUGCUCAGCCUGCUGCUGCUCACCAACCUGGGGGCCGAGCUGCUCUACCUCGGGUUUGCCUCCCUGAGCUUUUACUAUGUCUUCGAUCAUCGUCUCAUGAAGCACCCAUUAUUUCUUGAGAACCAGGCGCAGAGAGAAAUCAAGCUAGGGGUGACCUCCAUCUUCUGGAUGAGCUUCCCAACAGUCGCCUUCUUCUUUGCUGAAAUCAGAGGACACAGCAAACUCUAUGACAACAUCAGUGAUUCGUCCUCUGGCUGGCCAUUGGUGAUCCUGAGCAUUGGCGGUUUCCUGUUCUUCACAGACAUGGUGAUCUAUUGGCUGCAUCGGAUUCUGCAUCAUAAAAGUGUUUAUAAGUAUUUGCACAAGCAGCAUCACAUUUUCAAGGUCCCUACGCCGUUCGCCAGUCACGCUUUCCAUCCGGUGGACGGGUUCCUUCAGAGUCUACCGUACCACAUCUACCCGUUCCUCUUCCCUCUCCACAAGGUGGUGUACCUCGUCCUGUUUGUGUUCGUCAACGUCUGGACCAUCUCCAUCCACGACGGAGACUUCCGUAUCCCCUGGCCUCUGAUCGAGGUGAUCAACGGGGCGGCCCAUCACGUGGACCACCACCUAUAUUUCUAUUUCAACUACGGUCAAUACUUCACUCUUUGGGACCGUCUGGGAGGCUCGUACCGACACUCCUCCGCCCUCCUGGGGAAGGGGCCGCUGGACCACGUACGAAAGCUCUCCGCCGCGGGGAAGUUAAGGAGAUGAGUGUCAAUGUGAUGAUUGGGUUCAGCUUCUUCAUGGAGUUAGUUUGACAUGUUAGGUUGCAACAACUCACUGCAGCCAACCGUCAUUGAAAAGUGUUGACAAUGUUUCCUAAACUGAACUGGAUACUUUGCACUGAAGUCAAAAUAAGCUUCUGAAAGUGCAAGUGCAAGUGAGAAUUGUUAAUGGGAACAAUGACUAUUACAUCCUCAUCCCAGCAUAAUUGACAAAUAAAUAUAUAUAUAUAUAUAUAUA